AGUAAAAACAGAAACUACAUUCUGCAACCUAACAGCAAAUAGUGUAAUGAUUUAUGGGCGACACCUAGCUUUACUAUUUCGAACGGAGAGCUCGAGAAAGGCCUUUAAUGUCGCCAGGUAGAAGAAUCCGGCCAUUCUUAUCCUUGAAUCACAGAAUUCUGUAUUUAGCGAGAGGGCGAAGAGGGGGAGAAGAAGUUCAGGUUCGCCGCAGUGGCUUCCGAACUGGCGCAGCACCUGCGCAGUCGGUGGCUUAGGGUUCACUUCACAGGAUUGGUGUUAUACUUCUUUUUAUUUUCGUUUCUUUCUCUGGAUCUACUUGUUUCUAGGGGAGGAACCUGAUCGAGUUAUCCAGGGACAAACCCCAAUUUCAAAGUUAUGAUUUUUUUUUCCCUUAAUUGGGAGAGAUAAUAGGUUUUCUUUUUUCUACAACUGAUUGUGAUAGUUGAGGAUUUCGCCAUUUGAGUUCGGAGGUGAAUUUCGAUGGCGAGUUUGGGUUCGUUUCUAAGAUCAAACAGCAGCAGUAGGACAGCAGCAUUCGUGUUUAACGAAUUGGGAGGGGUUGAUGGUGGUUCUGUGGGUGAGAUAGCUUCUAUUCAGACGGAUAUGGACAAUCUGACUGUUUCCAAAAGAUUGGCAAGAAAUAUAAGCCAGAAAUUGAAGAAGAAGAAGAAGAAGAAAUGUAGUGAGAGCUUUGAAGAUGUGGAGAGCGAUGAUGGGCUGGUUUCUUUCUCUGGAUGCCUAAGCUCCUAUGUGAAGAGUACUGGAUGCAAAGUUGGAGCUUGUGAGGAUUUGGACAUAAACUGUAGAGGGAGAUUGAUUUCUGCGGACGACUGCAAGCCUGGAAAGAGUAUAGUGGAGAAUGCCAUUGCUUUACCAGAGAAGUUUUGGAGAAAGGGUUCUAGGAAGGAUAAAGGAAUUGAGCAGCGCCCAUUAAGCUUUCCUCCCAUGAAUUCCUUACCAGAUGAUCUGUUGGAGAUGAUUCUAGUUAUGCUUCCAUGGACGUCUCUAAUAGCUGCUCGUAGGGUCUGCCGGAAAUGGAGAUGCAUAAUUGGCAAAACCCAUUUUAUGCAAAGGAGAUCUGAGGGAUCUUAUCAAAGACCAUGCUUGUUCUUAUUUGGCAUUACAAGAAACGGAUUUAACGGAGGUGAGAUACAUGCUUUGGAUGUCUCUUUUGAUCGAUGGCAUCGAAGUAGCCACAAUGCAUUGAAGAAUUGCUCCUUGUUUUCUGUUGCGAGUAUUGGGACUGAAGUUUACAUUGUUGGUGGUUGUUCAUCCUUUGUUGCUUCCUCUUCUUCAUUGGAAAGGAGUUCAAAGAAGACUCUUAAAGAGGUUUUGGUCUUUAGCCCUAUCAAAGGCUCAUUUCAUGAAGCUGCUCCAAUGAAAGAAGCAAGAUCUGAACCUAUUCUUGGAGUUUUUGAAGUCACUUCAAGUUGCAACAUUUUUCAUAGCCAGAUUCAAAGGCAUUGUCGAACACAGACGAAGUCACACGCAGGUGGAAAUUCAGAUGUAUAUGAGGACCCCCAUAGAUUAUCUCUACGGCGCCAAUUAAGGGAUGCUUUCCAAGAGACGGAGAACUUAUUGCAGCCCAACAGAAAGCUUACUUAUUCUACUAAACAGAGAAACAUUCAAUCCAAAUUUGCUCUGAUAUCUGUGGGUGGCCAUGGUUCUUGGGAUGAGCCUCUUGAUUCUGGAGAAAUUUAUGAUCCUAUUACUAACAGAUGGGUAGAGAUUGCUCGACUACCUGCAUCCUUUGGGCCUGUUUGCUCUGGCACUGUCUGCAAUUGUAUGUUCUAUGUCUAUUCUGAAACAGACAAACUUGCAGGAUUUGAUCUUGAGAAGGGCUGUUGGAUGAUGAUACAAGUUCACCGUCCUCCUCCACGGCUUCCGGAUUAUUACCCUAAGCUUGUGUCUUGUCGGACUCGAUUGUUUAUGUUGUGUGUCUCCUGGUGCGACUAUGAUGGCCUGCUUAAUAGGAGGGAGAAAGCUGUAAGAAAGAUGUGGGAGUUAGAUCUGAAGUCUCAUUCAUGGAGUGAGGUCUCUAGGCACCCAGAUGCUCCCAUGGACUGGAAUGCUUCAUUUUUUGCAGAUCAAAACAAGAUUUAUGGUGUUGAAAUGUUCAGAAUAUUUGGUCAAGUUUUGGACUUUGUCACUGCUUGCAAUGUUUCUGACUCUGAAAUCAAGUGGAAUAGAAUUUCCAGGAAACAUGCAGCCCAUGAAGCUGAUGCUUCUUCAUGUAUUACAAAGUCAAUGCUGGUGGUGAAUCUCUGAGGUCAACCCAAGUAGCCAACGAAAGCUAUUGAUGUCAUUUUCUGCAUUGAAAUUUAUCUUCUCGUAUGACUUCUUGUUGUAGGUUGUAAGCAGAAUCAGGUGUCAUUGUUUUUAUCUGUAUCCAAUCUAUUAUUCAUAAAAGAUAUAAUACUUCAAAGAAAAUUUCUUUUGGAUUUUCGUUUCCUUCUUUAGCACAGUUAUAUUUGAAUUUUCUUGUA